CCGAGGGCUGCGGGAAGAGCUGUAGCCGGUGCUCCUGAUGGGCUGGCCAGUCCCGGCCCAGCAGUCCCGAGAGGUGGUGGGUCUUCUGGGCUGCUCGGUCGAUGCCGUUGCCACUGACUUCCAGGCAUGAGGUGGUUCCUGCCCUGGACGCUGGCAGUAGUGGCCUCAGCAGCUGCUGGCAGCACCCUGGCCACGGCCCUGUCUCUAGCCCCCUCGGCCAUGGCCUUCACCCCGGCGCCCCUGGAGGACACGUCUGCACACCCCCAGUUCUGCAAGUGGCCGUGCGAGUGCCCGCCGUCCCCACCCCGCUGCCCGCUGGGGGUCAGCCUCGUCACCGAUGGCUGCGAGUGCUGUAAGGUGUGCGCCCAGCAGCUCGGGGACAACUGCACAGAGGCCGCCACCUGCGACCCCCACCGGGGCCUCUACUGCGACUACAGCGGGGACCGCCCGAGGUACGCAAUAGGAGUGUGUGCACAGGUGGUCGGCGUGGGCUGCGUCCUGGACGGGGUGCGCUACAGCAAUGGCCAGUCCUUCCAGCCCAACUGCAAGUUCAACUGCACGUGCGUGGAUGGCGCGGUGGGCUGCACGCCGCUGUGCCUCCGAGUGCGCCCCCCACGCCUCUGGUGCCACCACCCACGGCGGGUCAGCUUGCCCGGCCGCUGCUGUGAGCAGUGGGUGUGUGACGACGAGGCCAGGAGGCUGCGCAAGACGGCACCGCGCCACACGGGAGCCCUAGAGUUUCAAGGAUCCAGUGUGCAGGGCGGCGAUGGGGGCGUUGGAGGUGACAGAGCUGGGGACUCACGGGGAACGUGGUCCCCGCUCGCAGUGGCCGAGGGUGAGCCCGAGCCCUGGCACAGGAACUGCGUGGCCUACUCGAGCCCCUGGAGCCCCUGCUCCACCAGCUGCGGCCUGGGCGUCUCCACGCGUGUCUCCAACGCCAAUGCCCACUGCUGGCCUGAGCAGGAGAGGCGCCUCUGCAACCUGCGGCCCUGUGACGUGGACAUCCGUCCACUCAUCAAGGAAGGGAAGAAGUGUCUGGCUGUGUACCAGCCAGAGGUGCCCAUGAACUUCACCCUCGCCGGCUGCGUCAGCACACGUGUCUACCAGCCCAAGUACUGCGGGGUCUGCACGGACAACAGGUGCUGCAUCCCCUACAAGUCCAAGACCAUCAGCGUCUCCUUCCAGUGCCCUGAUGGGCCUGGCUUCUCUCACCAGGUGCUCUGGAUUAAUGCCUGCUUCUGCAACCUGACCUGUCGAAACCCCAAUGACAUCUUUGCUGAUUUGGACUCCUACCCUGACUUCUCAGAAAUCGCCAACUAGCCAGGCACGCAACACAGAAAUCGGGCCUGGCCCAGUCCCGGCAAAGCAGCCAGGCCCCUGAGGCCCCCCAUCGACCCUCCUCUUGUCCACUUCCCAUUCAUUUCUAAUGACCCUGACCCAGACCCGCAGCCCCUUUCCUGUCUCCGACCACCCAGAUGACACACCACGCUGCCACUCAGGCCCAGACUUCGCGCCCCGUUCUUGUCUGCAUUCCACAGGCGCCCGGAGGAAGCGCCUGGCUCCGCCUGUCCUGGACAGCGCCGUGGAGGCCUGAUCGGGCCUGUGCAAGUCACGGGGGCUUCCUCCUGAGUCCUGAAGGGCCGUAUCAGCUGGACAUUGAAUAUCCCUGAUUCCCUCUUGAGAUGCCAACCACGAGACUGUUCAGAUCCAUUCGAAGGAUGGGUGAACUUUAGUUCAAUGGGACAGUCUAGUACUGGGGCCCUGCCGGGAGGCGCUGUGACAGACAGCACUGCCUCUGAGCACAGAGCACCGAAGCACCUCUGGGUCCAAAGAUGUGCAUGUCACAAGGCCACCCAGCACUCACCAAGUGAGGUGAAUGGUUGUUUGCCUUUGAUUCCUCACGAAACACCGUGGCUAUUAGUCCAGGCAUCAUUGAGGCCGAGUUUCUCUCUCCAUUCCUGGACUGAGAAGGAUACACGGGUUCAUUUAGGUCAGAAAUGCAAUCUGAUGAAUUUCGUUCUUGUUCAUGAGAAAGUCCCCAGUCAGCACUGCAGGGCAGAGUGAGGGCAGCCAGCGUCCAGAAGAAGCAAGGACCCUAGCGACAGUGAACGAGCGAGGUCCAGAGUGAAGGCAGCCAGCGUCAGAGGGAGUGAGGACCCUAGUGUGAACCUGCCACUGUCUACCAGGACACCAGGGGUUGGCCGGGCUCCUCAAAUCCAGACCCUCGCCCAGCUUGGGGGCUUAUGGGAAUUGGCGGAGCCCCUGGGAUGGCCUGUCUGACUCCUGAGAGUGAGGUC